AUGGCGACGUCAGAAACGUCCGGUGUGGGCGGCGGCAGCCCUCCGGCAAAGUCGGCCCUGGGGGUGCGCGAGUUGAGCAAGCACUGGGACACAAGCAACCGCUCGCCGAAGUCCGUGCCUGGGCGGGCACUGUAUUACACGGGCAGACUGGAUUACGAGAGACACGAGGCAGUGCUACCGCCAGCGCCACCAGUUGUGGUGGAGGCUCGGGAGCUCGUGAAGGAGAAGUACGGCCCAGACCACCUUGGAGCGAAGAAGACCUCAUGGGCCGACAGCGUUGCGAUUGAUGGAAACAAGUUCACGAAGAAGUGGUCAGAAUGGCUGCUAUGGAACACGGGGGAGGGGUUCGCCCGCGUGAAUCCCAAGGACCAUCGGAAAGAGUACCUGGCGAACGAACGAUUCGAUUCUGAGGAGUUGGGGCAUCAGCUGUCGCGAUCCAUCCGCUUCACGAAGCGCGAGCCGGGUGGUGCCGAAGGCUGGGACAUUUCAAACUACGUGAGCCCGACACAAAUCAGGAAGCGGGACGAAGCGCUUCGCAGGGCUGCGCUGACCAACUCACAUCGCAAGGCAGCGAGACUGCUCGACAGCUACCUGCCACCCAUCGAGCAGCAGAAUGCGGUUUCAGACCUCAUUCGAUCUCGCAAAGCGAGUCAGGCGGCGGAGAUCGCCUCUUUCAGGGACAGUUUCGGGAGCGACGGCGAUCGCUUGCUCGCCGUCUCUCACAAACGAGCGGAGAUGAAGAUGGAGGGCAACUUGAUGGGGAGCAACAAGCGCAAACCAAGCAGGUUCGAUCUCGAAGCGCUGGCCGCUCUCGACACGUUCGUUCCGGACAAACGCCACAUCAAAGGAACCAGAGUGUCUGCGGAGCCGAAGCACGCUCGUAGAGAUCAAAAACACAAGCAGAAUCCCCGGGGUUCGGCGAAUGCGGACUCAAGCGUCUUAUCGGCAGCACCUCCUCGGCGUCCGGGCGCCCGCACGGUCUCGGGCACUGUUCCGGCCGAAGGACUCCCCGCUGUCAUGGAGGCCGACUGA